AUGUUCUCGCCAAACCAAAACAACCAGAGCGGCCCUGCCAUGGCCACCCGAAGUCGACGGAGGCAACGGCCUGUCAGCUCCGACAACAGCCUGACACAACAACCAAAGGCCAAGCGGCAACGCCGUCCUCUGACCGAUUCCACCUUUGUCAAUCCGGACCCCCAAAAUGCGCAGCCCCCGGAGAUGCUCGAGGUCAAGAACGAUAAGAUCGCGAGACUGCCCUCCCAUCCCGACGGCAUUGAAAAUGUCCAGACCUUGGCGACCAAAUCUAUGCGACGAGAGGUUGCCGUCAGGCCAAAGAAGCCUAAGCAGGCCGAGAGAACAAGCAAGAGCGACGGCAGCGUUGAACUGGCGAGAUCCAGCGCGUACACCGUGAGCAAGCUGAUAGCCCUGCCGGAUAGAAUCCGCGCAGACUCUACAGGACGGCAACACGGUGCCAUCGACACUUCCAACGGCUACGGCCUUUGCCUCACCCACACCCACGCCUUGGUCUGGCAAUAUGCCGGGUCCACGCCCUCGCCCGAGACAUUCGCUUUCACCCUGCCAUACCCCUCAAAACAUGCCACCGAACCUCUGCCUCUUGGGUCGCUCGUUUCAGCAGGGACCUCUACCGAAGAGCCCGGACUGGUGGUAGUAAUGCCCGUCAGCGGCAGGGUUUCUUUUUGGGAGCACAUCUCCAGCGCAGCGACUCUCGAUUUUAUUCGGCAACAAAGGAACGGCGUCGAGGACACAGUACCGGGCCUGUUUGGUGGAGAGCACGUCGUCGAUAUCACAAAGGCCGAUACCGCUGGAUUCAUCCUCUCGCUGAGCAGUGGACGACUAGCACACCUGAGCGUUCGAGACGGCCAGGGCAAGCCUUCGAUAUCGAUCCAAUUUCUCCAGGCUACGUGGGGCCAGUCGUCCGGAGCCUGGCCAAGCGUCUUUGGCAGCAUUCGCAAUGCCAUCAAGUCAGCUGUUUCACGAAGCGAUAUUGCGGCCGUGAGGGUCAACCCCUCCAGCAGACCUGGACCUAAAAACGUCGUGGCAGCAACCAAGGCCGGCAGGCUCCACGCGUGGAGAGUCCAACGUGCUGGGCAUCACGAGAUCAUCGCCAACAUCGAUGCACGUGAAUCAAUACUGAUGGGCCUCCAAUCAGUCCUACCCACCAUCCAGAACAAUGUGGACUUUGAGGUCAUUGACUUCACGUACGUUCCAAGAGGCAUUGAGGCGAAGUACACCGAUGCAAGCCGUUUGAGCCAAGCUCUCACUGUGGAUGAUGACUCCGUUCAGCAUCUGCUGCUCCUUGUAUCUCUAAGCAACAAGCGCCAGUCACAAUACGCUCUUGUCGAAGUUGUUCUUCAGGGCGAGACUCUGGAUGUCGGGAUGGUCAGGACAAUCUCUUCGUACACCACCCCUGUCAAUCCUUCCGCUACCGCACGAACUCGCCUCUGUUUGCCAAGACCAGGCCUGGUUGCUUUCGUCGUAUUCGACCGUGCUGUUGUGAUGGCGUCAAUAGCAGCGCCGCCUGAGACACCAGAUUCGCAAUUACAAGGGGAGAACCACAUCCUGCCAGCCACGUAUGAAGAUGUGGUCGAUCUGCGGAAUGAGGAAUCACUCGAAAUAGUUGGCUCAGGCGUGGAGGAGCCUCUGGGCCCGGGUCAGGAGCCUGAGGCUCCGAGGUCUCACCGCAUCAAGAUCAAGAAUCCGACCGUAUUGCUCAUGAUUCGCGGCGUGGGUGUUGUUCGAGUCGCCCUCACAGAUGUCGACAAGUUUGCCAGCGAAAAGCCGCCUGAGGUGACUGCGAGAAACAAGUUGGACCAGGCAGUCAUUUUUGGGCUCAAGGACGACAACCCGUUAGUCUUCGAGGGCCGGAGAGAGUUAGCUUUCUCUGACGCGGAAAUCGGCGAGGCGGCUUUAGAUUUGUCAAACGACAUCCUUGCCUCGAAUACAUCGGUCCUCACCGCCCUUCCAGCUUCGAUAGAGCUAAACCUUCGACAGCGCGGCAGUUAUCUCGACAAAUUGAUGUCACACUUGAACGCGCAAAAAGUGAAGCUCGACCGUCGGACCAAGUGGCAUCUGCUUUUCAAUGCCGAAAAACUGAACAUGGCCCGAGAGCUGUGGAAGUUGCAUGAGACAUUCUUGGGCGAGAGACCACACAACGACAGGAAGACUGUUGUCUCGGAAGUCAUAGAGUGCAUCGCCGAGGAAGACAAGAAGAACCCUGACCGCAACGUCGGAGAGCUCGACCGAGCUCGCACAUGGUUCGUCAACGACACGGGACGAAUGGAGAUCUUUGUGCCCUGGACAUAUCAGAUGAUCAAGCAUUAUCACAAGGAGCAUCUCGCGGAUGAUCCAUCUUUGACGCGCUUUCUUUACGAAGGCGUACACGUGUUCUACGAAAUUCUUCACGGAGCUCUCGAGUACCGCCAACGCAACCUCAACUUCUACGGUCUUGGGGCUGAGGAUGUUAAGAACGGCAUCCUGUCCAAGCAGGCCGACUACCUUGGCCUGCCCGAGUUUUGGACAUCGACUGCUUUUGUCACCAACAACCUCUUCCGCCUCAACCAACUCUGCCAGAUGUGGCUUGAUACGUACUACCCACCUCAAACCGCCCCUGGAUCCCCAUCUUCGAGCCUUAUCGAGUCCCUUCGGAACAUGAUGCCUAGUCUGGCUGACCAGCUCAUUGUGACUCUGACCGAAUCAGUCAGCUGGGCUGAACCGAACGGCGACGAAGAGGCCUUGAUAUUCGCUGAGAAAUGCAAGGCGAUCCUGGCCGACCUGAGUGAUCUGAUUCUGAAGCUCAAAGACUACGGGCUUUGGGAUGACGCGCUUCGACUUGCUGAGAAAUACGUCAGUGUCAGAGCUCUUGCGGAACUGGUUGUCGGUCAGAUCAAGGAGCUACGCAGCCAAGCUAAAGUGCGCGGUCUUGAGUCUCGGAAGGCUGUUGAGAUCAACAACAAACUUGAGGAAAAGAAGCGACUCUUCACCGAGUACAUGGAUCGCUACGGCGCAAGCUUCGCAUUUGAAGCGUACAGACUCUUGCUUGCUUAUGGUGGCAUUCAGAUGGUGCUGGAAUUUGCCGGAUCUGAUAAGAAAGGCUACGCCACCAUGUUCCUAAGGAAUGAUGAUCGCCUCGGCAAAAUUUCUUGGAUCAAUGACAUCGAGCGCGAGCACGACCUCGAUUCAGCGGCCAAGACUCUCAUCGGCGUGGGUCAGGCAGAAGACCAAGUGUGGAACAAGAAGAUUGAGCUGAGCCUGGGUAAAUUGACACUGCUGGCAGAAGGAGCUGGUGCUGAGGCUGAGGGGAACUCAGCUUUGGUCCGCAGCAAAGCAGCCAGGUGUGACAAUCAGCUGGCGCAGGUUGAAAAGGAUCUCGAGAUUGUGCGCAUCCAAGACCAAAUCUACCAGUUGCUGGUCCCAGCCUUUCAAGACGCUGUCGACGACGUUGCAGCCGUCGAGCUGGCCAUGCAGACCUUCUCACCCAAGAUUCCGAAGAAGCAUAAGGUGCUUUCGGAUGAUCUGCAGGAAGAUCUCUUCCAGCUUGUCACACACAAGGCCAUGCAGCCGCUGAGUCUCAUCAAUCUGCUAACUCUGAUCCGCGUCGACGACUACGGCGUCGAGCCCGGUUUCUUGUUCUUCCAAGCACUUCGGCUAGCUGAGCUCGGCUUGAAGGGCAAGCAGAGGGAGGAUGCCAGGAGGCUCAUCUGGAGACGGUGCUACGUUCGCGACGACUGGACCAAAGUCAACUACACAGAGAACAUGAGUGACCAAGCUGUGCUCAGCAAGCUGGUCGAGACGCAGCCCUACUGCACCAUGGUCGCAUGCCAUCGGCACCACCUCAAGCAAGGCGGCAAAGAAAUUGACUACAUACUCUCACCAGAUGCCUGCCAGGGUGUCUACACGGACCCCAACGUCGAAGUCCUUAGGUGGGAAGACGACGACUCGACCCUGCUGGAGAAGCGCGCCGACGCCAUGCGGUGGGAGGACUUGCAGCUCAAGAAGUAUGUCGAGAAGAACCAGCUCUGCCGCUGGGCCAAAGCGGCGUGGGAGUCGGCCAAGAGGGAGGUGAUGGAUGAGCUGGACGUUGCGACCGCGAACGGCGCGAAUGGCGGGCCCGUGGCACCUGUCAAGGUGAACGAGCAGGGCAAUGGGCACGUGGUGCAGAGUGUCGAGGCGGACGAUGAUGAGGAAUAG